AUGGAUCCUCGUCAAUUUGAACACAUCGUUGUUAAUGAUAAUGAUACUCACAGCAUUGUAAUGUCAUAUCUUCUGCACAACUGCUUCAGCGAAACUGCAGACUCGCUUGCUUCUAGUACUGGAAUAAAGCAACCGGCAAUUGAUCGUGACAAUUUGGAGAGAAGAAAACAAAUAAUACAUUUUAUACUGGAGAAGAAGGCGUUGAAGGCUGUUGAACUAACUGAACAACUAGCACAAGACUUGCUUGAGAAAAACAAGGAUUUGCACUUUGAUCUUCUGUGUCUUCAUUUUGUGGAGCUAGCCUGUGCUGGGAAUUGUGCAGAAGCUCUUGAAUUUGGUCAGACAAGAUUGGCUCCUUUUGGGAAGGCCCAAAAAUAUGUAGAAAAACUUGAAGACGUAAUGGCAUUGCUGGCUUAUGAAGACCCUGAGAAAUCCCCAAUGUUUCAUCUCUUGAGCUCUGAAAACCGACAACAGGUUGCCGAUAAUCUGAACCGCACGAUUCUUGAACACGUAAACCAUCCAGGCUACACACCAAUGGAAAGGCUCUUACAACAUGUGACCGUUGUGAGACAAUACUUGACUGAAGAGAAUGGAAAAGAUGUGUUUCCUCCAUUCUCUUUGAAGGAUUCUCUCAAAGGCUAA